AUCCAAUAACGCUGAACCAAGAGAGGUUGUGAUGAUUCUCAACACUGAGCUCUCUCAGAACCAAUAACGCUUAGCCAAUCAGCAACCCUUUCUUUCUCUUUUUCUUUUUCCAUCAAAAUCCAAUUUAUCUCUCGUCUCCCUCUUCACCCACUAUCCCUCGAUCCUCAUCUCACCAUUCUUUAAUCAAGCUUCGAUCUUGAUCUUCUUUUUCCAUACCCAAUCCUUCGUAUUCCAGCCCCUUUAUUCACCUCCCUCUAAAAGUCCACAAAAACGCAGAAAUCUACAUGGGUUGCACCAUGAGGGAAAAACACAUCAGGGCUAAUCGGAGACCGCGAUCGGCGAAACCGGACACGGAUUCUUGCGACAAGGAUGCCAUAUCCAAAUCCAUAGCCGAGUCUGGUCUCAAGCCCUUCAGAUACCAUACGGCUUCCAAUGAUUCUUCCCCAAGCCUAAAUUCAAACCCUAAUGUGGAGGAAACCGGGUGGGGUUACUGUACAGAGGAGCAAUUGGAAGAGAUUCUGUUGAAAAACUUGGAGUUUAUUUACAAUGAAGCUGUCUCGAAGCUUGUUGCGUUGGGUUACGAUGAGGAUGUUGCUGUUAAGGCCAUGCUUCGAAAUGGGCAUUGUUAUGGUGGCAUGGAUGCGCUGACAAAUAUUUUGCACAAUUCCUUGGCGUAUUUAAAUAGUAAUAGUGAUGGUGGUGGUGGUGGUGGGAAUAUGGAUGAGACUGAGCCUGUGUUCUCUAAUUUGAGGCAGUUAGAGGAGUACUCUGUGGCCGCUUUGGUGUGUUUGGUUCAACAGGUGAGGCCACAUUUGAGCAAAGGUGAUGCCAUGUGGUGUUUGCUCAUGAAUGAUCUUCAUGUUGGGAGGGCUAGUGCAAUGGAUAUUCCUGUGCCAGGCACUGGGAACCCUGCUCCGGCUUCAGGUGAGGGUUGUGGCAAUUCGGUUGGUGUUAUGGGGCCGGCUUUUUGUAGGUUUCACGGAGGGUGGGGAUUUGGAAAUGGGGGAGGCUUGGAAUUUCCUGUAAAUGGGGUAUUCUCUUGCGCGACAGAGAUGAAUUUGCAGCUACAAAGAGACAUUGAGUUUCCGAAGAGGUUUAAUCUGUCUCCUUCAAUGAAGGCCUUAUUGAAAAGAAAUGUUGCAAUGUUUGCUGCUGGUUUUAGGGCAAACUCCAAGCAGUUGCAGGCGCAGGCAAAGACCAUUUCUGGGCGGAGUACUGCACAUAGUUUGGAUUCUUUUGCUGCGAUCGGGACAGGAGACCCGGCUGAUCAAUCUAGAGGAGAUUCACAGAAUGUCGAUAACCAAGAUGCUGUGAAUUCGGUGCUGAGUAAAUUUCGUGAUUUGAAUCUUGAUGAGAAUUUGGAGCUUGUGGCGGAAGAUCAGAAGGAUGAGGUCAUAGUCACUUUAUUUCAUCAGAUUAAGGAUCUUGAGAAGCAGGUCAAUGAGCGAAAAGACUGGGCUCAUCAGAAGGCAAUGCAGGCAGCUAGAAAGCUAAGUAGUGAUCUAACUGAGCUCAAGAUGUUGCGGAUGGAAAGAGAGGAGACUCAGAAAUUGAAGAAAGGGAAACCGGCCCUUGAGGACACAACCAUGAAGAGGCUCUCAGAGAUGGAGAAUGCAUUGAGAAAGGCCAGUGGUCAACUGGACCUUGCGAAUGCAGCUGUGAGGAGACUAGAAACUGAGAAUGCAGAAAUGAAAGCAGAGAUGGAGGCUUCUAAAUUAAGUGCAUCAGAGUCAGUGACAGCUUGCUUAGAAGUUGCUAAAAGGGAGAAAAAAUGUUUAAAAAAACUUCUAGCUUGGGAAAAACAGAAAGCUAAGCUGCAGCAAGAGAUUUCUGGUGAAAAACAGAAGAUAUCGGAGACACAAGAAAUGUUGGUUCAGAUUAGACAGUGUCAACAGGAGGCUGAGGUGAAGUGGAAGGAGGAGUUGAAGGCUAAAGAGGAAGCCUUAGCAGUAGUUGAAGAGGAACGGCGCUCUAAGGAAGCAGCUGAAUCUAAUAAUAAGAGGAGGAUUGAGGCUUUGCGUCUGAAGAUAGAGAUAGAUUUCCAGCGUCACAAGGAUGAUCUACUAAGAUUGGAACAGGAACUUUCGCGCCUUAAAGCCUCUGUUCAGUCUGCUGAGUUGCAUCACCAAUCAAGCACUUCACCCACAAGCGACUCUGAGGGCACAAAGCCCCAAAGAGAGACCAUUGCUAGGCUGCUUCAACAAUUAGAUAACCUGGACGAUUUUUCAGAUAAAGAAGUGAAUAGCAACAGAGAAUGCAUUAUAUGUAUGAAAGACGAAGUCUCCAUUGUUUUCUUGCCAUGUGCACACCAAGUUAUGUGUGCUAGUUGCGGUGAUGAGUAUGGAAGAAAAGGUAAGGCUGCUUGUCCCUGCUGCAGGGUUCAAAUUCAACAGAGAAUCCGUGUAUUUGGGGCAAGUUCCUAGCUCCAUUAAAACUUAUGUUACAAUGGGACUUGGGCAGGUAUACCCUAUGAAGUUUUACAUAAUUUUUGUGCACUAGAUUGGUGGGGCUACUUGUCUCGCUAAACCUCACAAUAUAAAUAAAAAAAAAACUAAGUCCUGGCAUUACAGUAAA